AUGGAUCUUAUACGAGAUAUUCCUAUAAUAACUAGAUGUUGGGGCAUUGGAAUAUUGAUGUUAAACUUGGCACUUUGGUGCAAUUUCCUUACUGUCUAUGACGUUGCUUACUCAUGGGAUGCAGUAUAUUACAGGAAGCAGUAUCUGCGGUUGAUUUAUGGUUUAUUUUAUAUCAAACUUUCUCCAGACCUGAUCGGCAAUGCUGUUGUUGCUUUAUCUUCAUUACAGCUGAUAGAACAGACCACAACUGAUAAAAGGAAACUUGCAUUGAAGAUACUCUGUCUUUAUCUCUCGGUCGUAUUUUUCAUAGUAUACUCAGAUCUCCCAUUGUCGAUUGGACAGGCUUUGGGCAUUAAUAUGUGGUACUACGUUUCAAAAAAGAGCAAUAACGCAGCGCUCUUUGUCUUUAACGUUGCGGUGAAUGUAGUUUGGAUCCCUAUAUCCUCCAUAGCCCUUAUCUAUCUUUUGACACCGUUGGAGUUGCGCCAGGCGCUAGCAUUGAUCAUACCUGGUCAUCUGCUCUAUUUCAUUGACGAGGCAAUGAGCAAGACGUACGGACUCAAUAUUUGA